GCAGAGUUUGCUCAGCAGAUGGCCGCCGCCCACGAACAUUUCUCUAAAGAAAUUCAGUCUGUGAUAUCAUCAUUCAGGAGGCGGAACUAUGAAUUAAAAAAAGAACGCCCAGUAGAUACUGAAAGUACAGUAUUUAAAGCAUGGGAAACUCUACUCAAUGUUUCUGAGAUGGAUGCACAGGCCCAUCUAGAUGCAGCUAGCCUCCUGAUUAAAAAUGUCUACCAGCCUCUUGAAGCUGUGGCUGAACAUAAACGAAGUCAAGCUCAACGUAUCUGUUCAUUCCGAGAAAAUUUUGAAACAAUUUUACACAAAUCAGACACCAAAGUCAAUUCCUGCUAUCGUGAAGCACAUAAAUCGUACAAUGACAGUAGUAAUGGAGUCAAAGAUCUGGCUAAAUGUGAUGUAUAUACAGCUCAUAAUGAUUAUGUUUUACAACUACGAGCUGCCAAUAGACUAGUAGAAGAAUUCCAAUCAGCAGUUCCACAAGUUUUAGAGGAAUUAGAAGAAAUAUAUAUAGAUACCAGUAAUACAGUAAAUGUAGCUAUAGAAUCUCUGGCUUUAUUAUUACUUACCAAGGCCAAUGAACAACAUAGAAGAUUUGAUGAUUUAUUGUGUAUCUGUCGUCAAGUCAAUCCUCAACUUGAUAUUUCUUACUUCGUUAAAUUUAUAGCUCAAGAUAUUCCUACUCACCAAUUAUCUUAUCAUAACUUCCAACCAGCCGACCCUAAUUCAGAGAUUUUUAAAUCUUGUUUUUUAUAUUUUCAGUUAUCUAUGCAGAAUCAGUUAAUAUUUGAUCGAGGUACAGAAAAUUCUCUGAAAGAACAGCGUCUGGUUCUUCAACGUGAAGGAAUCGGUCUGGCAUCGUACAUGAAACAGAACCAGGAUACUACUAAUACACUCAUUAACGUCUGUCAAAGAAAUCUUGCUAAUCAUCAAUAUGCGAAAGUAUACGAAACUCAAGAGGAUUUAUGUCGGAAGCGAAAUGAAAUACGGGUUGCUAGUAUGCAAUUAUCAGCCAUCAGGGCUCAGGUAAGCCUUAUUGUAUACAACUCACUGUUAACAUCACAAAUUACAUUACACAGUUCAUUUUGCACAUAA